AUGGUUUCUAAUGAAGGCCCAAAGACAGGCGAGACCCUAAGCGAUGAAACAAUUAUUCGUAACAUGAUCACCUUUUUGAUUGCUGGGCAUGAGACUACGUCUGGACUACUGUCGUUUCUCUUCUAUGAACAUAUCCAAAACCCAGAAGCGUAUAGAAAGGAGCAGGAAAAGAGGCUUGCCUCCGCGAAACACUCCGCCUUCACCCUCCAAACUAAAGGAGAUCAGGUCCUUGAUGGGCGCUACCAUGUUAAAGAUGGGGAAUCUGUCCAGAUCCUCCUGACUAGGUUCCAUCGUGACCCGGAAGUAUAUGGCCCAGAUGUGGAGGAGUUCAAGCCUUCUCGGAUGCUGGAUGAUGCAUUCGACAAGCUUCCCCGCAAUGCUUGGAAGCCUUUUGGAAAUGGCGUCCGUGCCUGUAUUGGUUGGCCCUUCACUUGGCAGGAAGCUCUCCAUGCAUAUAUUUCGAGUCUGGAAGCAAAUGUGAAAGACCUAGAAGAGAAAUUACGCUUGGCUCGGUCUCUUAGCAGCGAACCCCUGGAACUGACCAAAAAGUCGCCAGCACAAAGUGAGAGUCCAAUCGAUCAUCCGCAGGCAGAAUGCCACUCAGAAAACGAUGGACAUAAGUGUGAUGGAGAUGGGAAGCAAGACGAGGAUGGUCUACAUGAUGUCCGAUCCAGCGGUAAAAAUCCAGCUGGAGCCGACAGCAACCUUGCGCAGGUUAAGCGAAGCAAUCACCAUCUUUUCUUUACGACACCUCAAGGGGCGAUGCGCUUCUAUGGACCGUCCUCCGGCUUCUCUAUAUUUUCAGCAGGCAAUCCGCAAUGGACCAAUGAUCGCCCAGAGAAUGCGGUUUGGCAAAGCGCUUCUCUCCGCGAGAUGGACACCUGGCACUUAAGAAGCUGGGUUCCACAAGCCCUCCGGGACGAUUUCAGCAAGAGGGAAUCUCAACCACUACCCUCAAAGCCCACAACGCUGAAGCUAGUAGGAGACUAUUUUGCUCAUAUCAAUAUGGCCUUGCCACUCUUCGAUGAACAACAAUUCCUCAGGCGCCUAGAGCGUCAAUACACUUGGAAUCCAGACAGUAGUCCAUCCUGGUGGGCAGCACUCAAUAUCGUCCUUGCUCUGGCGGAGAAACGGAAAGUUGAACAUGACUACAAUAACAAUGGGAACUGCCUGGUAUCCUUGGGCUACGUGAAGAAUGCCCUGAAUGUUGUGACCCAGUUGCUUUUGCAAAAUACGGAUAUAUUGGCUGUCCAGGCUAUGCUAGGCCUUGCUCUUUACUUCCAGGACACUGCGAAUCCCCAACCACUCUUCGUGUUUAGUUCACUUGCACUUCGCUUGGGGCAAGCAAUUGGAAUUCAUAGAUCGGUACGCUUUGGACUAAGCAACUGUGAAGUGGAAGAGAGACGGAAUGUAUUCUGGAUUGCAUAUGUCCUAGAUUCAGAUAUCUGCCUGCGCACGGGACGGCCGCCCAUACAGGAUGGAGACGACUACGAUGUUCAGCUCCCCGGCGAAUACUCCAAAGGAGGGAAAGGGGUGUUACAACAACAGGGUUCCUAUAUUGACGUGAGCUUUUUCGGUUUGUUGGCGCGGUUUGCUGUGUUGCAGCGGCGUGUCUACGAUCGAGUUUAUUCUAUCUCAAGUUUGCAAAAGGUUUCUCCAGACUUACUGAUUGACAUUGAGCAAUGUGAGAAAGAACUUAAAGCGUGGAAAGCAGGAAUUCCUCAGCAUUACCGACCGCGGCGGAAUUAUACUGCCCCCCAGGAAGCCAUCCUUCCACACGUCAUUCGGUUGCACCUGGCUUUUCAUUGCUGUGAAAUCAAUCUUCAUCGUGUGAUCGAGCUGCCGGGGAGGUGUAAAACCCAUGCCCACUCCUGCAAAAGCCAUACAGAGUCCACGUCUAUCGCGCUUGAAGCCGCACGGUCUUCUAUUGAGCUCAUAGAACCGAUAAAAUCAUUGGGUUCAUCUUUUUCUUGGGGAUGUGCAUACUAUCCUGCUGCUGCCGCAGCGACGUUAUUCGCAAAACUUCUUGCCGACCCUAAUCAUGACCGGAAUAAGUCAGAUCUUCAAAGAAUCCGUCGGGUUACGGAUUUUAUAUCUACAUUAGUAUCCGAAGAAGGGGGCACAUAUUUAGAUUAUGUCCUCUGGAUGUGUAAGAAGUUCGAACUGACGGCGCAGAAGCUUCUGCAGCCCGAUCAACAAGAAGAUGGAAAUCCUCUGAAAGAGAAGACAGGUGUUAUUGCGCCUGCCUCUCAUCCGUUUCAGCAACGUGUCUGGGAUAAUGCGUCUCUCUCUCCUAGCUGUCCUUCUAUCUAUGGAGGACCCACCAACCUCAGCGCUAUUCCCUGGCGAGGGGACCUCGGAGAGCAGAAUGCGCUCUUUCACUCCAGUGAUAUCCCGCUUCCUCCAGACUGGGAAAGCGAGCACCAGUUACCCAUGGGAUGGAAUCUGCAGGAUAUGACCAGCGGCCUCCCUCCCUUUUUUCGUUUAUAUUAG